AUGGCACCGCAAUUCCCGGCAAGAAAAAAGGUGAAGUCCUGCGGCGGCGAAAGCAAGAGAUCGGACAGGAAGGUCGGGAGGGGCGGCGGGAACUGGCACGGCGAGGACGCCGGGACCAACUUCAGGCUCUUCCGCCGCGAGCGGUCGACGAUGAAGAAGGACGAGAGCUGGAUCGGGACGCGGAAGAGGUUCAGAUACAGAAACCCUAAUCCCCAAUUCGCCAUCGAGCACAUGAAGAAGUGGAUCCUUUACGAAUUCAGCAUGACGAGAGAGGGCUGCAGCGACGAGGAGAAGGAAUUCGUGUGUAUGAUCCGCAACAACGGCUCCCCUAUGAUGAUUUGGUACGUUUAG